ACGAGUUGGAAAGACAUGCAUGUCUUGAUGUAGGGGCUUCCGAGACAAAUAACGAGACUCGUUCCUUUACGUUUCAUCAAGAAAGGCGAAACCAAAGACACUUUUAUUAAAUCCAAAAUGCUUUGCCAUAUAACACGUCCGGAUUCAGUGGUAAUGGAGGUGGAGGUUGAUGCAAAGGCGAAUGGAGAGGACUGUCUGAACAAGGUGUGUAGGAAACUGGGAAUCAUCGAGACAGACUACUUUGGGCUGCAGUUCAGUGGCAGUAAAGGGGAGAGCCUGUGGCUGAAUCUGAGGAACAGGAUCUCCCAGCAGAUGGACAACCUGACACCCUGUCGGCUGAGGCUGAGGGUCAAGUUCUUCGUGGAGCCACAUCUCAUCCUGCAGGAGCAGACCAGGCACCUCUUCUUCCUGCACAUUAAGCAGGAAGCCCACGGCGGAAGGCUGCAGAUGCGUCCUGAGCAGGCCGAGGAGCUGAGCGCUCUGCUAGCUCAGGCUGAGUUUGGGGACUACAACCAGAACACGGCCCAUUACUGCUACUCCCAGCUCUGCGGGAACGAGCCCAGCCAGGCCACCGUCAACAGCAUUAUCGCCAGACACAGGGCCCUGGAGGGACUGAGCACAGCCUCCACAGAGUACCAGGCCCUGCAGCUGGUCUCUUCACUGGAGCACUAUGGUGUGGAGUGGCACUGGGUCAGGGAUGGUGAGGGCCAGAAGCUGGCCAUUGGAGUGGGACCUGAGGGCAUUUCUAUCUGUAAGCAGGACUUCAGCCUAAUCAACAGGAUCACAUACCCCAUCAUCCAAAUGGCAACCCAGUCAGGAAAGAAUGUGUAUUUGACCAUCACCAAUGAAACCACUAAGGGUGUAGUCCUCCUCUUCAAGCUGAUCAGCACUAGAGCAGCUAGUGGACUCUACAGGGCAAUCACUGAGACACACGCCUUUUACAGAUGUGACACAGUGACGAACGCAGUGAUGAUGCAGUACAGCCGCGACUUCAAGGGCCACCUGGCAUCUCUCUUCCUCAACGAGAACAUCAGUCUGGGCAAGAAGUACAUUUUCGACAUCCGACGCACAUCGAAGGAGGUGUACGACUACGCCAGGCGGACCCUGUACAACGCCGGCUACGUGGACUUCCUCUCCCGAGCCGGGGAGCACAGCCCAGUCCGCUCACCGGUCAAGUCCUCUGAGGGCGGAGCCAACUGCGACAGCUGCCAGCAGAGCCAGGACCUGCAGGAGAAGCUGCAGAGCCUGAAGGAGGCGCUGUUGUGCAUGCUCUGCUGUGAGGGCCAGAUCGACUCGGCCUUCUGCCCCUGUGGUCACAUGGUGUGCUGUCAGAACUGCGCCACCCAGCUGCAGUCUUGCCCAGUGUGUCGGUGUGAGGUUGAUCACGUUCAGCAUGUCUACCUGCCCACCUGUGCUAGCCUCUUCAGCCUGGCUGUAUCUGGAGGCACCAGCCUUGCUAUUCACAGAGGGCUGGCAUCACACAACUGCCCCAGCAAAGACUACUCCACAGACGAGAAGCUCUGCCACACAUAAAGCUUGAUACCCCUUCAGGCUUUUCUAAGAUUCAGCAUUUCUUUGUUUGUCUGUCCCUUGGUUCCAAGUGUUCACAGCGCCCCCUGCCUGUUCCACAGAAAUCAAAUCUCCAAAAUGAUUGGUGGAUCUGUUCUUAAAGUGAAUAUGUGUAUAUUUUUGAAACCAAAUGUUAUCAGUUGACCUGAUCAGCAGUUUUGUUUUGAUUUAUUUUGUGUGUGUGUGUCCUUUGCAUUUUUUAAAGUUAUUUUGCCAGAGCCGUGCAUUUAAUUGCAAAAAAGGGAAUUACUUCAAUAUUUUUUUUGCUCUUUGUUUUUUGUAUUUAACUUUUGUCUAUAUACACACAUUUUUGUGAGAUUAUAUAUUGUCUAAUGUUCACAUUUGGAAUUGAAUUUUGGGUGUGAGGGUACAAACAUGGUGCAACAUUAUGCGGCUUCAACAGGGUAGGCAGACCUCAUAACGACACUGGCAUCUUUAUAUUCAUUAGUAUGCCUAAGUGAGAAGACUUAUUUUCUGUGUGUUCUGGUGGGUAUGUGAACACACUUGUAUUGGCACUGGUCUGGGACUAAACCCUAUUGGUUUUCAGGGUUUUGUUAUAACCUCACCUUCAUAACUGACAAGAUCAGCUUGGCAGCAGGCUCAAGGGAACAGUCACAGUCUGUUUUAGGGUUGGCAGUGAUUGUGUUUUAUGCUGGACAGAUUCAAUGCAAAUUCACUGGUCCUGAAAUGAUCUAAUUUGCAGUUCCCAGUACCUCAGCUGAUCCACAUACCAUAUCAUGGAUCGUGUGAGUCUGCACAGAGUGAGCACUGCAUCUGCAACAGAAUAGUGACAAACACAACCAUUAAGAAAAACCUCCAGUGUGGAUGGUGCUUUGGAAUUGAAUUCCAAGGCAUGAUGCAUUUUAAGCUUUCUUAAACUCAAGGAUGCAGUUAAUUAUUGAUCAAAGUGCAGCUCAUUUGCUUUUAAUUUUAAUGUUUUUCAUCAUGUACCUUUCUGUCCCCAGUGUUGAGUUCUUUGUGGUUAACUUGUGUGUUCUUCAUGAUUUAAAGAGUGCUAUUAGAUACACCAGUGCAAUACUACCUGCCUCUGAAGUUUUAGAGAUUCUUUUAGAAGGCCAAGCAAACAAAACACAACAUUGUCACUUUACCAAGGAAGGUUGCUAUUUGGAUUCCUAGGGCUUGCCUUAAUGUAGCAUUGGUGAAUCGUGUAAAUUUCCUUUCUUUGCACAGAAAUAUGUUAUGUUUGUUGGACUUAACUUUUAAUUGUUUUUUUUUUCUUAAGUUUUUUUACUUUGCCAUUAAGUUGCAACUGUCAAGAGUGUUAGGACUUAAUAGCAGACAAAGGUUUAUUUCUGUUCUUCUGAAGCUAAAGAUGACACUGUAAAUCUAGAACUAUUUUAUCUUUUUUAUGACUUUUUGGAAGAAAAAUAAAGUGUUUUAUAUCCUA